AUGAGUAACGACUAUGGAAGGGACAUAAGGCAUUUUAUAGAUGCAUGGGAUAAUUUUAUAGCGAGACGGAGCAGGGGGUGGAGCCUACAGAGAUAUUGGACAAACUUAAUGAAGCAGGUUGAUAACAUCUUCCACAGCUUAAUCAGGAUAAUUGGUGAAAGUAACAUUGCGAUCUGUAGCUUCUGUGGAGGCAUAUAUGUGACGCAUGCUGAUAGUGUAUGCAAUAACAGGUGUGCGCAGAUUACAAGAAUCCUCCUAUACCUUAAAGGAUAUCAUUACAACAAGAAAAGUAGAAAAUGCGAAAAAAGGACCACACCGGAAACCACGAGCAGGACCUUUAGGGAAUAUUUAGAGUGCAUAGUAGGAAGUGAGGUUUUAUUAAGACUAUAUGGACGUAAUAAAGAGCAUCAGCAAAUUAUAGCAGAGGUUUCCGAAAAGUUAAGAACGCCGAACAAUUUGUUCGGGCAGAAGUUUGAACCUGGAUUGUGCGAAAACAUAGAUUUUGGGAACAUACUAUUUCAAUCAAAGAGCAUUGGCACAGGCAUAAAGAAUCGAUUAGAGCAGUUGAGUCAGCAAUGGGUGGCAGGGAAAGCAAAGCGUGGCCACCCAGCGCCCAGAAAAUGUGAAUGCCAGAAUACAAAUCAGGAUGAUGCGCAGCUGCAGCAACGUGAAGAUAAGUGUAAUGAGCAUGAGGGCGUACUACAGGAGGACCAUGAGCUCAUGAGGAGCAUAAAUCACUGGACAGAAGGUAUUCUCUAUCCGCGGGUGAAAAAGUUGUUAGAGGAAAUGAAGGACGGACGCAUGCCCGGCGGGAAAUGUGCAAUAGAGAAGGAGAUAAAGAAGAAGAUAAAGGAAAAGGCCAAGGAAGUGAAGAACACAGCGGCAACGCGGGAUGAAGGCACUCUGAGGAAAGAGGCACCGACCGGAUCAAGUACACCAGCACUAGGGAACACGGGGGGCAUGGCCAAACCCGCCCCGGCCAAACCAGCAUCAGCCAAGCCCGUCGACACCGUCAGCCCUGCCAAACCAGUAGCGGAGAAACCAAAUGCAGCCAAGGUAAAACCAUCAGCAGAAACGAAACCGGAGACGGGACAGGGUUCAACGAAGACGGUAGUAAAGAGGAAGACGAUGCGUCGCAUGUGCGCGUUGUGGAUGCUAAUCCUCGUGACGCAUCCACAUAAAUUCGACAGACACGAAGAACAUGUGGCCCAAGUACAAGUAUAUACCAGAGGUGCCCGCAGUUUAGCAAAAAUUAAAGCAAUUGCAUCAGAAGAUGAGCUUGAAUUAUAUCAGAUGGCAUUCGAACACUAUGACGAUGAUGAAGAAACCUACGAAGGUGCCUACGACGAUGUCGACGAACCUUAUGAAGAAGCCUAUGCAUUUUCCCCGAAACGAAUAUAUUCAGACGCACCAUGGGAGGAAGAGGAAGAUGGAACUAUACUAAAAGCAUGGAAAAUGGUGGAGUACCAGGUACCACAACAAGUGCAUUAUGAAAGAAAGUGCAAAAUAACACAUGAUGCACGGGAAGAAGAAGUCGAUAGCAACGAGACAUUAUCUGCCGAUGUAGCAGUCUCCGCGUCAGUUGAAAAGUCUAGCACAUCGCUUUCGAAGGUUGGUGCACAAGCAUCAUUGCCGCCUUCCCUACAAAAUAAAGGACAAAGUGCAAAAACGAAACAGGAGCCGAAAGGAUCUUCGGGUACAGGAACAACCGGGAGCACAAAGCAUGGCAAGCAGAAUAAGGCAGUUAACAUCAAAACCGGAAGAGGCUUUAGUAGACGGCAAUUGGCUGCAUAUAUUACUUAUAGCUGCAAUGGGUAUACUCAGUAUGUCCUCACUUGGGAUUUUCCGCCGCUGCUACCGAAAGCGAAGGCAAAAAUGCCGAAGAAGAAUAUUUUGACAGACAAAAUAUCAUCAGAAGUACCCGAAAAACCGGAAGCACGUAACAAACCAUAA